GUAAUUGCUGGCUUCAACCGCCUUCGGCAGGAACAGCGGGGCCUGGCAUCCAAAGCAGCUGAGCUGGAGAUGGAGUUGAAUGAGCACAGCCUAGUGAUCGAUACUCUGAAGGAGGUAGAUGAGACCCGCAAGUGCUACCGCAUGGUUGGAGGGGUACUGGUGGAGCGGACUGUCAAAGAGGUGCUGCCUGCCUUGGAGAACAACAAGGAGCAGAUACAGAAGAUCAUUGAGACACUGACACAGCAGCUUCAGGCAAAGGGAAAAGAACUAAAUGAAUUCCGGGAAAAGCACAAUAUUCGUCUCAUGGGGGAAGAUGAGAAGCCAGCAGCCAAGGAAAACUCAGAAGGGGCUGGGGCUAAGUCCAGCUCAGCUGGAGUGUUGGUCUCCUAGAGACCAAGGCCUUUGCAUUUUUUUCUACCCUGAUUCCCACUUCUUCUAAUUUCUCUUUAUUGUUAUUAUUUUCUCUGCUAUUGUAAUUUUGUUUUGUUAAUUAAAUGUUCUGUUCAGAAUGCUUA